CUUUUCCCAUAUCCCUCCAGGCUGUGAGUGUCGCACGGUGGGGAGGGGGAGGGGCCACCAUGUCAUCAUAUCAGAAGGAACUGGAGAAAUACAGAGACAUAGAUGAAGAUGAGAUCCUAAGGACCUUGAGCCCCGAAGAGCUGGAACAGCUGGACUGUGAGCUACAAGAAAUGGACCCUGAGAAUAUGCUCCUGCCAGCUGGACUGAGACAACGUGACCAGACAAAGAAGAGUCCAACAGGGCCACUAGACCGAGAUGCCCUGUUGCAGUACCUGGAGCAGCAGGCACUGGAAGUCAAGGAACGUGAUGACUUGGUGCCCUUCACUGGCGAGAAGAAAGGGAAACCCUAUAUUCAGCCCAAGAGAGAAAUCCCAGCAGAGGAGCAGAUUACACUGGAGCCCGAACUGGAGGAGGCACUGUCCCAUGCUACAGAUGCUGAAAUGUGUGACAUUGCAGCCAUCCUGGGCAUGUACACACUGAUGAGCAACAAGCAAUACUACGAUGCCAUCUGCAGCGGGGAGAUCUGUAACACCGAAGGCAUUAGCAGUGUGGUACAGCCUGACAAGUAUAAGCCAGUACCAGAUGAACCCCCAAAUCCCACAAACAUUGAGGAAAUGCUAAAGAGAGUGCGGAGUAAUGACAAAGAGCUGGAGGAAGUGAACCUCAAUAACAUACAGGACAUCCCGAUACCCGUGCUCAGUGAGUUAUGUGAAGCAAUGAAGACUAACACCUAUGUCCGGAGCUUCAGUCUGGUGGCUACAAAGAGUGGUGACCCCAUCGCCAAUGCGGUAGCUGACAUGUUGCGUGAGAACCGUAGUCUCCAGAGCCUGAACAUUGAAUCCAACUUCAUCAGCAGCACAGGGCUCAUGGCUGUGCUGAAGGCAGUUCGGGAGAACGCCACUCUUACCGAGCUCCGUGUAGAUAACCAGCGCCAAUGGCCUGGUGAUGCAGUGGAGAUGGAAAUGGCCACUGUGUUAGAGCAGUGUCCCUCUAUUGUGCGCUUCGGGUACCACUUUACACAACAGGGACCACGAGCUCGGGCGGCCCAGGCCAUGACCCGGAACAACGAGCUGCGUCGCCAGCAAAAGAAGAGAUAGUGUCACGCUUCCUUUUGCUAACAAGAGAUGAGAGCCCUGGACACAUAAGUCCUCAUCUCUCUUCCCUUUCCUGUAAAUAAAAUCCCUUUUGUUCACGC